AUGGGCGGCGUUCAUAGCUCGGAGAACCGAUUGCCUUUUAGGUCUCUAGGUGCUGGAAUGCUGACCACCGGGGAUGGUCUUGCUAAUCUUUUCCCCCUUCGGGGCAUGAUACCACCCGACAUCAAUCCAGAGGAGUACAGUGGUAAAUUCCAGGGCGACAUAUUAUUGGAUGACCCCACCAUCGUCAUGUUACGAAAUGCUUACAUAGCAACGGAUGUCCUGUGGCCAAACAAUACCGUAGUUUGGAAGUUUAAAAAAAAUGAUUUUGAUAAAGAGCAACGGGCCGCUAUCCAAGAAGCUAUUUGUCUUAUUGAAAAUAAAACGUGCAUCAGGUUUCGAAAACCGGAGCCUGAUGAAAAAGUUUACGUACGAAUCACGGGAAAUACUACCGGAUGCUACUCCAUGGUCGGCUACCAAGCUGAACGAGGGAUACAUGUAAUGAAUCUUGCACCGCAUUCGCCAGGAAGCGGUUGCUUACGACUUGGUACAAUAGUGCACGAGUUUAUGCAUAUACUCGGCUUCUUUCACAUGCACUCCACCCACGAUCGGGACGAUUAUGUGCGUAUUGUAGAAGAAAAUAUCACACCAGCACCCACGCGCUACAGACCGGAACACAGCAUUGCGUCUCCUGGGAUAGAGUUACCAACAUUCCAAUUUACCAAAGCUUUGAAGAAAUUCGACGGUUUGAUGGGCCAGCGCGAUUAUGUUACUGACAGCGAUUGGCUUCGAAUCAACAGAAACUACGACUGUCCUGGAGCAUGGGAUUAA